AUGGUCGAGCCAGCUGCCAAGCGCCGCUGCUUGGAUGCUUCAGAGACUGGGCGGCCUCUUUGGGAGGCAUGGCGGUGGGGAGGAGCUGGUUGGCGAAAGUACAACGAUGCGGACCAGAAUGCGUUGGAAGAGGCGUACUUGACCGGGCAGGACACAGCAGAAAUCGGCGAGUCAGGGAGCAGGGUGUUCUGGACCUCUUGUGGGCAAUGCGCCGAGCUCAAGGGUGGCUGCGUUCGCCCAGCUCGCCGUCGUUGGGUGCGCAGUGAGGCGGCCCUGGACACCGUCACACCGCGCAACAUUCGCUGGUUCGACGGCUCGGAGAUUUUCUUCAAUCGUUUAGCACCUCACAUGCAGCACAGGGAGAUCUGUGACCUGACAGACGACCGCGAGGGCCCCGAGGGCCGCGAGGGCCCUGCGGCACGAGAAGGAGAGCUGUCCCUGGAAGAGAUCGUGGCUGGACAGGGCCUUCAGUCUGUUCUGGUGGCAAGCUAUGGCAUGAACAGGGAAGACGUUGUUGCUGUAUUUGGUCAGCCAAAGACUCUGACCCUGGUGGACGAGUACGACCAUGUUCGAGAAGCUCCAGGUGCAGAACCGCUAGUUGGUGAAGGGCUGGGCAAGGACUUCGCCGAAUGGACGCUGAUACGGCCGAUGUUUGAGCAGGGUCCAGCUUACAAAGGUGGUGUCUUGCAUCCGAAGUUGCUCUUGCUGCAGUGCUCUGAUCGGCUGCGAGUUGUGGUGUCCUCCGCGAACUUUUCGCGUGCUGGUUUCUCAGAGAUCUCGCAGUGCAUUUGGGUUUGCGACUUUGCAGCAGCAGACCCAAGCAAGAAAAGAACUGACUUUGGGGCCUGUCUUCGGGACUUUGUCGACCGCUUGCUCACAAUCAACACUGGCAGCCAAGGUGCAAACUUGGCGAAGAAAGUACGGCAGAAAUGGCUGGGAAUCCUUGCGAAGCACGACUUGGAAGUGCCAGAAGGUGUCCAUCUGGUUGCCAGUGUACCUGGCCGCCAUUGGAGCCCUUCCUUCGGGCUUGGGAGGCUUCGACAUCUGCUCAGCGAGGCAAGCAGCAAAGGCUGCCGCUGGAGCCGAGUUUGGUAUCAAUUCUCCUCCUGUGGCCAGGUCCGGUCUGGGAAGUGGUUCGACCAGUUUACGAAGGUGAUCUCCGACCCUGAGAGGUCAGGACGUCCGGACUUCAAGCUCAUCUGGCCCACGGAGAGGCAAGCCCUCAAGAAGGGCGUUGUCGGUCGAGGCAACUACUGCCUCGAUGACCACGACAAUCUGCCUCGAGGGCAACUCCAUGUCUUGCGACCGGCAGAGAGACGCCCACAACAUGUGUUGCUGCACAGCAAAGUCAUGGUCGCAGAGGCGGCAUCAGAUCCUUCAAAGCUUGCAUGGGUCUACGCGGGCUCUCACAACCUGAGCGCGGCUGCAUGGGGCGUGCAGGUGGAAGAGGAACUGCGUAUCAGCAGUUGGGAGCUGGGCAUCCUUUACAUCUCACCGCCACCGCAACGCUGCUUUUUGCCGUUCCAUCUCCCUGCGCCGAAGUACCUGGAAACGGACAAGCCCUGGUCCCCAGCAGCAUUCCACAGGACCGUAUUCCACGCCGGCGAGGAUGCCACUGAAGUACAGCGGCAGUGCGACUCUGUCAAGAAGUUGGCAUCGCUCACGGCGAGCGCUGUCCGCCCAACAGAUUUACGAAUCAUCACUGGCAUGUUCGGUAACGAAGACAUGGCGGGUCGGACGAUUCUACUUCGCUUCUUCUUGGAUCUGGAGGACACAGUUUUCACCCCAUACAUUUGCAACACGAUAUUGGCGUCCCCAAAUGUCGCCACCAAGCUUGCAGACUUGGGUGGCAUUUGGGUGGCCGACGCAUCCCAGCAUUCCCGCCAUUUGGAGAGUCUCCAGUGGCAUUUGAACUUGGAAUAUGACGUCGAAGUGGUGGCACCCUUUGUCAUCGCCCACUGCCGUCUUCCUGGAUGUUAUGGCGAUUUGGCAUGGGCGGUGAAAGCCCGGGCUUCCUGGACAGUGUUCCCGGAGCCUGGGGAGUUCCUGGCCUGGCUGGAAGACUUUGAGUCGAGGACGGGCGCGCUGCUCUCGCACCCUGUCGUCCUGAGCCAUGGCAUUGCCCCGGCGGCGCCAGCCGUAGAGACCCAUGCUGGGGCUGCCGCGGCUGCCCUGGCUGGAUACAGGCUGCUGAUCUUCGAGCUCGAGGGAGUACUCGUGACCCGUGCUCGGAAGCUCCAGCUCCGCCCCAACGUGGAAGCCUUCUUCUUGUCGUUGGCUUCUCUGGCAGAUCCCCCACAGGUGGUUAUCGCAAGUGACCAAAGCCAAGUCGGGUUGCGCCUGUGGCUGGAGAGCUUUGCCGCAGGCGAUCCUGGCAUUGCCACGAAGCCCACGGAGGCCGAGGCAAAAAGCAGAGUUCAGGCCGCCGUGACCCUACUGGAAGAGGUCAUGAAGCGGGCGUCUUCCGAAGAGCAUCACCGCGAACCAGCGGAGAAGUCGCUGAGCUGGAGGCCAUUUCGGUCGCUUCUGAGCUUUCGCUACCGGGCGCGCUCCGGCCGCUGGGGCCUCGCACCUUCGGGCCGCGAUGCGGAGGGCAGCUGGCGAAAGGACUGGGUAAAACCGGCACCAGGCAUGAUCAAGCAGGCCAUGGCAGAUGUCGGUGUGCCAUGCGCGAAGACUGUUGUCAUCGGAGCAGAGCGUGCGGACCAGGACGCGGCGAAGGCAGCUGGUGCAAGCUUUGUUUGGGCCACGGAUCUAUUCGGCGGGGUGGCCGGCAAGAGAGCUGCAGCACAGGCUUCCUCGCCGUCUGCAGCCAGCACUCCCGAGCGGGCCUCCGCACGCCGACAGACGCACCAUGAAGGACUGCAAGCAAAUGCUUGGAAGUCUGGAGUCCUUCUGCAUGGGCAGGGAAGAUCUUGUGACGUUGAAGGAACUAUUGACCUUGACGAGGACUCUGAUCUGGACAAUGCUGCAAGGGAAAAGAUGCUUGCGAUGCUUCCGGUAUCUUCCGGUGACUAG